GAACAGGAGGGAAGGCUUUGUGCCUCGGUGGCGCAAGCGGCGCAACAAGAGUUGAACCAGCAGAAAGAUGCGCUGGCCCUUGCGCGCCAGCUGCGGUCGCGCGAGCGCAUGCAGCUCGAGAAGCAGCUGACGGAGUCGCAGGAGGCCCUUACCAGAGCCAACGCUGAGUUGGCCAAAGAGAAUGAAGGAGCCUCCCAAAUGGAAGCUGAGCUUCAAAGGGUCGACGCAUUGCUGUCCCUGCAGGGGGAUGACUUGCUUCAAGCCUUGCAGGGCUUAGUGAUUCCACUUGAAGAUGGCAGCGAAAACACAUGUCCAGAGGCUGCAGUGGCCACUCCAGAAAGACCUACAUCUUCCAGCUACUCUGAGGGCCCAAGCCCUGCUGUUUUUCAAGCGGCACAGUUUGAGGACCUCAGAGAAGCACGAGCACAAGCGAAGGUUGAAAGAUCUGAAGCAGAGUUGGCCCUGCGUGAGCGUCUUGACCCACGUAGUCGAGCCAAUGCUGCCUGGUCGGUGCGACUGAGGCCUUUGGACUCCGAUGGUGUUCGGCGGGCAGCUUCGGAUGGGCAGAAUAGCAGAUGACGUCGCGGAAAGAGGGC